AUGUCUCAAUCCUCGCUGCCCAAUCAAGAAAAUAGAUUCCACUUUGUGGUUUCCCAUGCAGGCUCAAGUCAUCUGCUGGAUAAGUCUGCUCGUCGGUUUCUAGUUAAUGGGGCAGCACAAGCCAAAUGCCGAAAGCAUGAAGGGCCGCGCAAUGGACAACACUCGGGGUUUAAAAGAAGACACACUGCGAAACUUGGGUUUUCAAUGAAUAGUUGGCGAGUCAAAACCGGUGAUGGAAACCCCCAAAGACACAUUGACAGGGGUACUGAAAUGACACGCUAUGAUAAGCAUUCAAACUCGGAAACCGCAACGAGUAACAGAUUUAUCGAAUACUACUUGCCAGAACCUGAUGGGCUGCACCUUCAAGUCCCAUCAAACCCAAGCUAUGGCGCAGAGCCCUGGGCAGCAGCACUUUUCAAUUAUUAUUUCCACAUGAUGGUAAUGUGGCGAUAUCCCGUCAAAUUCCGCUGCUUUUCCGACCUUUAUUGUCCACCCUAUGCCCAGCAAGAGGCUUCCUACUCAUUACACGAUCGUUCAAAUUUCUUCACCACCCUUGCUGUGGCAUCUUCACAUCUGCAAAUGUACAAGCGUGAACUAGGGUUUGAUCCCUUCAGCAACCAGCUAGGUCUUAUCCCUUUCGAUCGAUUUGCUUACUACCGCAUUGUGAGUUUGGAAACUAUACGGCACGAUGUGUGUAACUAUAACAACAUGCGUGCUGAAGACAAAGCAGCUUUAAUCUGGGCUGUUUGCAAAAUGGCACAUGCGGAUUUAUUUUGUAAUGAUUUCGAGGCUGCAAAAAUACACCUAAUGGCUAUCGCCAGGAUUAUUCGUCACGCGGGGGAGUGGCCUAGAAUUGAGGAAUAUCAGAAACACAUGCUGUUCAUUGUUGAUGUCAACACGGCAGCCAUGUUUCUUGAGAACCCGUUGUUCCCAGCAAGCUUCCAGCAACGCAACUGGGACGAAUUUAAGCUGACAUCAUUGCCAGCUCUUUGUGGCCGCAUCACUAGUAGCACGCUUGCAAGUCAGUUCCUUGAAGAAAGAAUGAGUUCGGCACUAGGCGAGCCAUUUUUGCAGAUGAUGAUUACCCAGCUGCAUCAUAUAAUCGUGCUUCUCGAAUAUUUGACCAGCAUAGAUGGGUCUCACUCAAAACCGGAAUAUGUCGAAUGGGCCACAUACACUAUUAACGCUAUGGACCAUGAAAUUCUAUCGAAAAUAGCCUCGUUCUCGGAAUUACCACCAGGGUCUGGCGGUUUAAUUCGAGAUAUCCAGGAAGGCUGUCUGAUUAGUAUCCUCUGCCUGAACUUCACCAUUGUGAAGCCAGCAUCAUGCUACAGGGGCAUCAAACUCGCCUAUUUUUUGAUGCGGAGUCUCUCCAAGGUUAAAAAAAUAACACACGAUCCGCGAUUCAGAGAUUUAUAUCUGUGGAUGGCCUGCAUGGGCGCAUGCGUCACCCCAUGCCCUACCCAGCGAAGUUAUCUAUUGAAACUGCUGGGAAAACUAGCACUUUCUUUACGCAUCUCAUGCUGGACGGAUUUUGUAUGUAUUUUGAAGGGCUUUUUCUAUAUUGAACAUAUACAUGGGCCGCGAAUUCGGUCUCUGUUUGAGAAGACGAUCAUAAAACAAAGGGAAAAUGAAAAGAUUCAUUAA